GAAAAAGCAGAAGCGCGACGGAUGUGGGUAGCAUCUCAACAGAUAUAGCGAGAGUUGGCGCACCAAGGGUGCAGCAAAAUCUGAAAGGCCCAUUGAGCGUAAACUAUGAACCCAGAGGAGCAGACUGUUACGUGGCUUAUAACAUUAGGCGUGCUUAAUUCUCCUAAAAAGAACAUAGCUGAUCCAGAGGAAUUUCUGAAAACAUCUCUAAGAGAUGGGGUCGUAUUGUGUAAGCUUAUGGAGCGCUUGCAAUCUGGAACCAACAUAAAGUAUUCUUCUGAUCCCAAAUGCGAAGCUGAUUGCAUUGCAAACAUUCGGGAGUUUCUGAAAGGAUGUCAAUCUCUAAAGGUUGAGGGCUUUGAACCAGAGAUCUUGUAUACUGGGGAGAACUUUGGCAAGGUGCUGUCAACACUCUCGGCUAUAAAUAUUGCCACUCAAGAUUGUACCCCUAAUAGAUCAUGUCCACAGCCCAGUGUUACUGCUUCUAGCCUGUCAACCUCCUCUCAAGCUGUUCCCACCUUAAAGUACAACAAGUCCUUACGGAGGCAAUCAAAAGCAGUGGAGAUGUCUGAGAAUGGAAGUGGUGGGCAGCUGGUGGUGAAGGCACGCUUCAAUUUCAAACAAAACAAUGAGGACGAGCUGUCUUUCAGCAAGGGCGAUCUGAUCCACGUCACACGCCAGGAGGAAGGUGGUUGGUGGGAGGGAAACCUUAAUGGCAAGACCGGCUGGUUCCCUAGCAACUAUGUCCGAGAGGUCAAGCCAUGUGAAAAACCAAUAUCUCCGAAAGCCAUAAAAGGAUUUGACGUUCCUCAGCUAACUAAAAAUUAUUACAGCGUGGUGGUGCAAGACAUCUUGGAACAUGAGAGAGAGUUUGUCAAAGAACUGCAAACGGUACUAGGCUGCUACCUGCGCCCUCUACAGACUAGUGACAAGCUCUCCAGUGCGGACUGCUCCAGCUUGAGUGGGAAUUUAGAAGACAUCCUCUCCUUCCAACAGGGACUGUGUCUUGCAUUAGAGGAGUGCUCCAAGAUGCCAGAGGGCCAGCAACGAAUUGGGGGCUGUUACCUGAACCUGAUGUGUCAGAUCAGAACACUGUACUUGUCCUACUGCUCCAGCCAUCCCUCUGCAGUGGGUGUGCUCACUGAUCACAGUGAGGAACUGGACAAAUUCAUGGAAAGCCAAGGUGCCAGUGCUCCUGGGGUCUUAACUCUAACAACCAGCCUGAGCAAACCUUUCAUGAGGCUUGACAAGUACCCCACCCUACUGCAGGAGCUCGAGAGACAUGUGGAGGAAGCUCAUCCAGAUUACAGCGACAUUCUGAAAGCAUCAGUUGCUUUUAAGAAUCUUGUGACUCAGUGUCAAGAUCUGCGAAAAAGAAAGAAUCUGGAGUUGCAGAUCUUGUUGGAGCCUGUACGGGGCUGGGAGGGUGAGAGCAUGAAGUCACUUGGUCAGGUGGUCUACAUGUCACAGGUCCACAUGCAGAGCCCUGUAAAUGAGGAUAAAGAAGAGCGAUACUUCAUGCUGUUUCCUAAUGUGGUAGUCAUGUUGUCAGCUAGUCCGAGAAUGAGUGGCUUUAUUUAUCAGGGACGGAUGCCGCUAACAGGAACCACAGUAACCAAACAGCCAGAGGAUGCAGAAACAGGCCAUUAUGCCUUUGAAAUAACAGGUGGAACGAUAGAUCGUAUCAUGGUGUUCUGCAAUAGUUUACAGGAGCAGCAGGAGUGGUUAGAACAUCUUCAUGCUUACACCAAGGAAGGAAGCCCAGUGGGAACAAUAUUGAAGAAUGUUGAGGGUAAGCACACAACCAUGACCCACAUUUUGCACAGUUUUGGUGGUCCUGUGGCUAACCGAGGCCCUCUCGAACCCCCCAAGAUCACCAAACCUUGGUCUUUAAGCUGCCUGAGGCCUGCGCCACCCCUCAAGCCCUCUGCUGCUCUGGGCUAUAAAGAGAGGAUGUCUUAUAUCCUGAAGGACUCUAGUAAAAGCCCCAGACCCAUCAAGAAGUUUCUCCCGAAGAGAAAAACAGAGAGAAAACCAUCAGAUGAUGAAUUUCUUAGAAAAAGUACAGCAGCUCUAGAGGAGGAUGCCCAGAUACUGAAAGUGAUUGAGGCCUACUGCACUGGAGCCAGUCUCCACCAGUCCACCACAGCUGUUCGUAAGGAAAGUGUUCCCCAAGUCCUGCUGCCAGAAGAAGAGAAGAUUAUUGUUGAGGAAAUGAAGAGCAAUGGCCAGACUGUCAUUGAAGAGAAAAGUCUUGUAGAUGCAGUAUAUGCUCUAAAAGAUGAGGUCCACGAAUUAAAAAAGGAGAAUAGAUGGAUGAAGCAGUGUCUGGAAGAGGAGCAGAAGUCUCGUAAAGAGCUGGAACGUGUGGUCAGGAAGUUGGCUAAGCAAAAGAAUGACUGUUCCUGGGAAGAAGGAGUCCAUUGAAGAACACUCUGGACUUUCUUUGAUCCCCCAUUUGCCAUGCUUGUGUUUAUCGUGUACGUAUUUCUGUGUCUGUGUGUCCUCGCAAGCGUGUUUUUUUCCACCGCAUUAUACACUGAACGUUGCUUUUGGAAAGUCACCAUGUCACCAUUAUCAACUUUAUGAUUAUUGGCCCUUUGCUAGGAAAUUUAAAUUCUCACCAUGCGCAAGCAUAUCAUGGUGCGGUUUGCUUCAAGCUCCUUUGAUUUGCUCUGUACGAAAGUAGAUAUGACAUUCUGAGAACAAAACAGCUGAGGAAGACUAUGUGAACUCCUUAUUACAAAUUGAUGUUGGUGGUUUGGAACACCUCAGGUAACUGAUGGAGUCCUGGACAGUUUUGUUCCCCCUGGCGGUUAACUGGCCAUUGGCCCCAAUCAAGCACUCCAAGAUAAUCCAGUCCGGUAAAAUCCGGACAGAAGAAAAAAACCAGAAAGGAUGGUGGAACCUUCUUUUUAACUGAACAAAUAUCUGCCUCACUUUUCGACUGGUACUGGUCUCAGUCAUGGACUUGAUCUUUCUUGGACAUUUGCUCAGCCAAUGCGCAACAGAAUUCCUACUCAAUACGCUGAUGCACACAUGAAACAUAUUCUGUUGAUGGUUUUGGAGUGAAAAUAUUUUACUUUUGAGGUAUCAUAGCUAUUUUUUUGUUGUUAUUUUGCAUGCAGGUGCAUUUCAGGCCUCCCCUGACUGACCACAAGUAUUGUCCUAAUUGUACUUUUAAAAUGUGAAAACGAUGUUGCUUGAGGAAGCUUUUAGAUCAUGAAUGCAAAAGUUGGACUCUGAAAUUUUUGGUUUGCAAGUGAUAGACAUGAGAUGCCCUUCUUGCCAUCUUGAAAUUAGUUUCAUUUUUUAUUUUGAUCUCUUUUUAGUUUGAAGCUUUUGAAAAAUGCCUGUAAAUGUAGGUUGAAAUAGUGCUUUUAAAUUGUGUGUUGUCCAGACAGUCACUCACAUCAGCAUUGGGUGUACAGUAUUACUAAAACGGCCAUCAUAUGUCAUAAUCAUGCUUCUGAUAAUCAUUGUCAUAAAAGUCUAGAGCUAUCAGGGAUAUAGUUGUCUGAAAUAUUGUCGCAAGUUACGAAUACCAUACUAAUAAUAUAUAAAAUAAAGUAUGUAUAUAUAUAUAUAUAUAUAUAUACACACUACCGGUCAAAAGUUUUGAAACACUUGACUGAAAUGUUUCUCAUGAUCUUAAAAAUCUUUUGAUCUGAAGGUGUAUGCUUAAAUGUUUGAUAGACAAAAAUAUAAUUGUGCCACCAUAUUAAUUUAUUUCAUUAUAAAACUAAAAUUUAAUUAAAAAAUAAAAACUUUUUGAAAUUGAUGACUUGGACCAAAUAAUAAAAAAAAGCAGCCAAUAAGUGCCCAGCAUAGAUGGGAACUCCUUUAAUACUGUUUAAAAAGCAUCCCAGGGUGAUACCUCAAGAAGUUGGUUGAGAAAAUGUCAAGAGUACAUUUCUGCAAAUUCUAGGCAAAGGGUGACUACUUUGAAGAUGCUAAAAUAUAACACAGUUUUGAUUUAUUUUGGAUUUUGUUUAGUCACAACAUAAUUCCCAUAGUUCCAUUUAUGUUAUUCCAUAGUUUUGAUGACUUUACUAUUAUUCUAAAAUGUGAAAAAAUAAUUAUAAUAAAGAAUGAGUAAGUGUUUCAAAACCUUUGACCGGUAGUAUAUAUAUACUUGUAUACCAUAUAAAUAUGUAUAUAUCAUAGAUAUAAUGGCAAUAAGAACCAUAUUAAAACCAAAUUUUUUUGAUGACUAGAAAUAAAAGAAAACAUUUAUUUGAAGUUGAAACCAUUACGUAUGUGUCUUUAACCAAAAGUACUACUAAUAAUAAAAAAAAUUCCAGUAUAUUUGAUUCCUGCAGAUUUGGUACUACGGGCCCUUUUAGGACUUGACUGAGUGUACUUGGAAACAUACAGUACUUCAGGAACUGAUAUUUGUCCCCCCACUUGCGAUACCAUGGUGCCUCGUACUAGAAUGAAAAACAAAUGGUGUUUUAACCCAUUUUUAUAUAUAUAUAUAUAUAUAUAUAUAUAAACACACACACACACACACACAGUUGAAGUCAGAAGUUUACAUACACCUUAGCCAAAUACAUUUAAACUCAGUGUUUCACAAGUCUUGACAUUUAAUUCCCUGCCUUAGGUCAGUUAGGAUCACUACUUUAUUUUAAGAAUGUGAAAUGUCAGGAUAAUAGUAGAGAGAAUUAUUUAUUUCAUUACAUUCCCAGUGGGUAAGAAGUUUACAUACACUUUGUUAGUAUUUGUUUGCAUUGCCUUUAACUUGUUUAACUUGGGUCAAACAUUUUGGGUAGCCUCCCACAAGCUGCUCACAAUAAGUUGCUGGAAUUUUGGCCCAUUCCUCAAGACAGAAAUGGUGUAACUGAGUCAGGUUUGUAGGCCUUCUUGCUCGCACACGCAUUUUCAGUUCUGCCCACAAAUUUUCUAUCAGAUUGAGGUCAGGGCUUUGUGAUGGCCACUCCAAUACCUUGACUUUGUUGUCCUUAAGCCAUUUUGCCACAACUUUGGAGGUAUGCUUGGGGUCAUUGUCCAUUUGGAAGACCCAUUUGCGACUGAGCUUUAACUUCCUGGCUGAUGUCUUGAGAUGUUGCUUCAAUAUAUCCACAUAAAUUUCCUUCCUCAUGAUGCCAUCUAUUUUGUGAAGUGCACCAGUACCUCCUUCAGCAAAGCACCCCCACAACAUGAUGCUUCCACCCCCAUGCUUCACGGUUGGGAUGGUGUUCUUCAGCUUGCAAGCGUCACCCUUUUUCCUAUAAACAUAACGAUGGCCAUUAUGACCAAAAGGUUACAUUUUUGUUUCAUCAGACCAGCGUAAAUUUCUCCAAAAUGUAAGAUCUUUGUCCCCAUGUGUACUUGCAAACUGUAGUCUGGCUUUUUUAUGCUGGUUUUGGAGCAGUGGCUUCUUGCUUGCUGAGCAGCAUUUCAGGUUAUGUCGAUAUAGGACUCGUUUUACUGUGGAUAUAGAUACAUGUCUACCUGUUUCCUCCAGCAUCUUCACAAGGUCCUUUGCUGUUGUUCUGGGAUUGAUUUGCACUUUUCACACCAAACUACGUUCAUCUCUAGGAGACAGAAUGCAUCUCCUUCCUGAGCGGUAUGAUGGCUGCGUGGUCCCAUAGUGUUUAUACUUGCGAACUAUUGUUUGUACAGAUGAAUGUGGUACCUUCAGGCAUUUGGAAAUUGCUCCCAAGGAUGAACCAGACUUGUGGAGGUCCACAAAUUUUUUUCUGAGGUCUUGGCUGAUUUCUUUUGAUUUUCCCAUGAUGUCAAGUAAAGAGGCACUGAGUUUGAAGGUAGGCCUUAAAAUACAUCCACAGAUACACCUCCAAUUGACUCCAAUUAACCAAUUAGCCUAUCAGAAGCUAAUUGGCUAAUUGCCUAAAGGCUUGACAUCAUUUUCUGGAAUAUUCCAAGCUGCUUAAAGGCACAGUUAACUUAGUGAAUGUAAAUUUCUUACCCACUGGAAUUGUGAUAUAGUCAAUUAAAAGUGAAACAAUCUGUCUGUAAACAAUUGCUGGAAAAAUUACUUGUGUCAUGCACAAAGUAGAUGUCCUAAGCGACUUGCCAAAACUAUAGUUUGCUAAUAUGAAAUCUGUGGAGUGGUUAAAAAAUGAGUUUUAAUGACUUCAAACUAAGUGUAUGUAAACUUCUGACUUCAACUGUGUGUGUGUGUGUGUGUAUAUAUAUAUAUAUAUAUAUAUAUAUAUAUAUAUAUAUAUAUAUAUAUAUAUAUAUAUAUAUAUAUUCCAGCAAAAUGCUCCCUGUCAGCAAUUGCAACUGGAGGUAUCACACAAUGUGUUUUUUACCUACUCAUUCUUACUCUGGCAUAGUCAUGUGCGGCAUGCUUUUUUUUUGGGGGGAAUACUUGCCAGAUUUACUGUAACGGUUCACAUUGAGUGGAUGAGUAAUUACAUGGCUGAUUUCACAAAUUAUACCUUGUCUAAAGAGCUAAAAACUUUCAGCUAAUCAUUACCAGUGUGACAUGUACAUGACUAAUUCUAUCUAUCUUUGUGAAUCUGAGGGACAACCACAAUUUUAUGCAGAGGAGAAAUGCAUACAGUGAGCCAUAAAUAAGAGAAAAGCUUUGUGGAGUUUAAAAAGCUGUCAGUGGUCACCUUUGGAGCAUUGCUGGAUUUGAAGCAAUAGCUAUUCAAUGCAAUAGAAGACUGGUUUGUUGUUACAAUUGCUGUGCAUUCAUUAAGAGCAAGUUACUCUCUUGGAAAGAGUAUACUGUGUAAUAAAUGCUUCAAUUUAGGCAAUAAGAUGUGCUCUGAGGUGCACAGUAUAAUGCUGUUACUGUGGUACUGUUGUGUGUAAAUUUAUGUUUGUGUUUGUUGCAGAAUUGUUUUCAACAAUUAACCUUGCAUGCCAUGUGUUUCACAUAACCUUAAAUAUUAUUUUCAAAUGUUAACUUCAAUAGAUUGUAUUGUUAUUAUUAUGGAAAUGGUCUAAAUGUCUGGCAUCUGCAGUGGUUUGAGUAUAACAGUAUACUACUUCAGAUGGUCUUUCUGUUCGUGUGUGUAUUAUGUGGAAUGCAAUAGAUUAAAGUGAUCAGUAGCUUGUAUUUUGCAAUUAUGCAAUACCAUAUGGAGACAUGCAAUUCGGUAGACGUGCCUACUAGUCUAAACGAAAGGAGCUUCAAGUUCACCUUCUAAUGUCAUGAAUGUGUCAGGAAUAGAAAUACUACCUGAUAUCUAUAGCACUUUCAGGAGAAUGUCCAUGUAAUUUGCUUUUUUAAAGUGCCCGUGUCUGCAGACCACACAUUGUAUUUUUGUGCAGAGCUAAUCUAUGCAAUGUGAAUGCUUAUAUAUUUGUUUCUUUUUCAAGUGCUUGUGUUCUUAUUUUGCCCACAUUUCAAUACAGAAUUCUUUUAAUAAAAGUAACACCAUAAUUA